AAAAAAAAUAAAAUAAUCUGUGAAAUAAAACGUCGACGCGGUUGACGUGCUGUAUGGUCAUCCAAUUUUAUUUCGUUCUUUUUGUGUUAUUGCAAAUAAAAUUUGCCUUUUAGUUCUAUAAAUUAGUAAAUAAAAACAAUCUACAGAAUAAUCAACAAUGGGUUUAACAAUAUCAAGUGUUUUCACACGGCUUUUCGGAAAAAAACAAAUGCGUAUCCUUAUGGUCGGACUUGAUGCCGCUGGAAAAACUACCAUACUUUACAAACUAAAGCUGGGAGAAAUUGUAACUACAAUACCAACUAUCGGCUUCAAUGUAGAAACUGUUGAGUACAAAAACAUCAGUUUUACGGUGUGGGACGUCGGCGGUCAGGACAAGAUCAGGCCGCUUUGGCGCCAUUAUUACCAGAACACGCAAGGAUUAAUCUUCGUGGUGGACUCCAGCGACACAAAGAGAAUAGCAGAAGCCGAAAACGAACUGGCAAACAUGUUAAAAGAAGAUGAGCUGAGGGAUGCAGUUAUCUUAGUAUUUGCCAACAAACAAGACAUGCCAAAUGCUAUGACUGCAGCUGAACUUACGAAUGCCCUAAACUUAAACAACCUGAAGAAUCGUCGCUGGUACAUUCAAGCUACAUGCGCAACACAGGGGCAGGGUCUCUAUGAAGGCUUAGAUUGGCUUUCCAACGAACUAGCGAAGAAGUGAGUUGUGGGAAAACAGCCAGUAACAGGGAACAAACAAUUUAAAACAUAUUCCCUAUGCAGACAACAUCUAUGUAAAUGUUGUUCCAUGUAUUGAGCCCAAAAGACUAUGAGACAUCAUAAUGUAAUUAAAUACAUGUUAUUUUCAUAUUUAUUAUGCUAAAGGCUUAAAUUCAAAAUCCACAGCCUGUGCUGAAGGUUUUGAAUAGUGUAAAAAAUGCCACAGAUAUGUUGUAAUAUUCCAUUUACUGUUUGGUGUAAAUUGUGUAUUUUGAUCACCAAUUAUAUUUAAAAAGGAGCAACUAUAGCCUUUGUAUGUUUUAUUGGUAAUUACAAGUUAUGUAAUUUUAUAAUUAAAUCACAGAUGGUAGCACAGUGGCAAAACUAGAAAAUCUCCUACUGUAAAAAAA